AUGCAUCCACCACCACCUCCCUAUGUCAUGCUAUCGGAAAAUCACGGAAGUCACCAUGGAAGCGUCCGUCCUCCGCCCUAUCGCCGCAACAUUCCCCAGUACCAUUCCCGCAAUCAAAAGGAAGGUGGAGGAUGUUGUCUUAAAUGCAUAUGCUGCUGUUAUUGCUUCCUCUUCCUGUUGAUCUUGAUUCUAGCAGGUCUUGCCCUCUAUUUCUACACUGUGUUCAAGCCCCAAAUGCCUUCAUACAAAGUCGAAGGCCUGGACGUGAAAUCCUUCGCCGUUCAGCCUGAUUUCAGCCUCAACACUGAGUUUCUGGUGGCCGUAAAAGCCGAGAACCCGAACGGACACAUAGGAUUCAUAUAUGGCAGCCAAAGCAAUGUAACUGUGUUCUACACCGACUCAAACCUUUGUUCUGGGCAGCUACCAGCUUUCCAUCAAGGACAUGAAAACAUAACUACGAUGAAAGUUUCAUUGAAAGGGAAGAGUGAGUUUGGGUCAGGUCUUCAACAGGCUCUAUUGGAAAAUCGACAGAGUGGGAGGAUUCCGUUGCUGGUGAAGGUGAGAGUGCCGGUGAGCAUCGUUGUCGGGACCAUUCCGAUGAGGCAGUUCGUGGUUUUUGUGAAUUGCUCGUUGGUUCUUGAUAGUUUGUCGCCUAACAAGAAACCUGGGAUUAUAUCUAGUGACUAUAAAGUGGCUGUUUCAUUUUGA